GCAGGUCACUCGAAAGGAACAGCAAUGGUGACAGCAAGUUUUCCUGCGAGGGAGGCUUUUAAACGAUAGUCGACGGGCUUCAUUGGCACCGUGACUUACCUCUGCUCUUUCAACCGCCGACAUCGCUUUCGCCAUGCCAGACACUCCUCGCGACCGCAACACGGAUCCCGCGGACAAGGAGAUCGCUAAUCUCUACAUGUCCUGGCUGAUCAAGACGCACACCGCGGACAUCCUCGAAGACCUCGAGCAGCUCACCGACGUCGCGCUCACCGGCCAGGUCGACUUCGCGCGCAUCGCGUCUGUCCUUGUAACGAUUGACGCCCUGAACUUGACGGUGCCCGGCAAGCCGCACCUGCUGCUGGCGCCGUUGUUCGCGCCGCUGCAACUGCGGUACUCGCAACUCCUGACGAGGACGCGCCAGAUCGCUGCGCGGGAGGUCGCCUAUGCCGAGCGCUAUGUCCACGUCGUGCUGCCCAUCUUGAGGGAUGCGAGUUAUUCGAAUGAGGAGAAAAAGGAGGUUGUGCAAAGCCUGGUUACGUUCCUGGAAACCGUCCAGCGCGAAUCGGACGAGCUGCACGACGAGUUCGACACCCUCCGCCGCCAACUCCUCGAUUUCGCCGACUUGCUCAAGAAGUUCGCCCUCGAAGUCGGCGUCGAGCUCGGUCUCAAGCUUCGCGAGGUGCAGGCGGAGAUUGAUAGGGUGCUGCGCGAGAUGGAGAAGAUGCAACGUCAGCUCAAGGACGACAAGCCGUCGUUCGAAAACACCAGCAAGACGCUGCUCACGAUGAGCGCGAUGGCGCCGGCCAUGGCGGGAGCGGCCGGGUACGAGUUCGCGGUCAUCGCCGCCGGGAAGACGCUCGCUGGGACGGCUACCGCGGUUGGCUCGGCGGGUUGUGUGGGCGCGUUGAGUGCUGCUCUGCCCGUCGCAAUGGUGGUCCUGGCCGGAUGGGGCAUUUGGGCCGCGAUCAAGAGCGCGCAGGUCGUCGCGGAUCUGGCUCGUAUAUCGGCACUUACUGCCGAGUUGGUCGUACAUCAGCUCCGUUUGGCCGAGUUGCUGCGUCAGAGCGCCACGCUUGGUGCCGUCGAGGCGCUCGCGCACAAUGCUAUCUUGUCGGUCGUCACAGCUUCUACUAAGGUUGGCAAUCUAGUCAAAGUUUGGAGCAUGGUCUCGCAAGACGCCAAAGCCAUGCUCGAACUUCUCGAUAGCGGGGCCUCAACCGAAGAGAUUUUCAACAACGCUCUCCUCGCCGAGUCUUGGUACGGACUGCUCGUCUCUCUCUUACGCAACUUGUCCAGCAAGCUGCUGCCUCGCGCCGAGACGCCGACGCGUGCACCCAUUCCGAGCCUGCAGCGCCUGCUGGAGCAUUUCUCGUGCCAGGGCGGAACAUCUCAUUUUUUGCCUCAAUCUCGUCCGAUGCCUCCCUUGGCUUCGACGGUGCCAUCCCACGAGCUCACGAUCGGCGACUUUGUUCGCGAAUUUGACGAUUAUCUUGACGGCUCGACAACGAUCAACGACGAAGAUCUGACGGAAGACCAGCGAGCUCUGGCGGAAAUUUUGACUGGCAUGCGCCACCCUCAACCAUUCCUCUUCGAUGCCGCUUCCGGGGCCGCUCUGGGUGAUGUCGGCGUCGCGACUCUCACGUACGGCAGGAUCGCCAGCAGCAUCGGCCGAUUCGCCAAAGCGGGCGUCCUCCGUGCUGGCAUGCUCCGCUCUGGCAACAUCAGCGCCUUCUUCGGCCCGCGGCUGACCCGCCUGACGGGCAACGCCGACGUCCGGAGGGAGCUGUUCAAGGAGAUCCUGGAAGCCGCUCGGGACGUGCCCAAACUGCCACCCAACCCGGACCACAAUGCACCCGCGACGCACGAGAACAUCGUGUGGCUGCUCAUGUGGCGCCAUCGGCUGUUUGAGUGGAUUGUGAGGGAGGGUCUGUACGCGCCGUGGCGCGUUUGGUAUCAUCCUCUGUGGUCCAACCCGGUGUUGUUCGAGCAUAUGCAGGAUCUGCUCGGGCAGGCCGCUGAUAGUAUACACCGGGCGUUCGAGGAGUGGUGCGCCAAGCGGAGACACAAGGACGGAGAGGACGAAGAUAAUAAGGACGGGAGCAGCGAUGAUCACAAUACUCAUUUAUUUUUUGUGGCGACCCCGCCUGCCGUCGCCCCCAAGACCGAUGGUACAGCUAUCUUCAAUGUCGACGACGCCGAAAGUGACCUUCUAGAUGACGAUCAUGUCAGCAAGCUCGCAAACAACGCUGAUUCGCUCGAUGUCGGCUCACCGGCGACUCUCAACAAGUGGCAAGAACCGUUCAAAGUCGAGCUAGCCAAGUGGCUGUCGCAGAAACUCGCAGCUGUGGUAUCAACCUGGCUUACGGACGGCGACGAGGCGCACUUCUGGCAAGACUUCGGCCGAGCCGUUUACGAGGAUAAGUUCGAGCUCAUCGAUCAGAUUUACCGCCUCAACCUGCUGCAAUUGGGCCUGUUGACCGCCGAUACCAGGUUGUCUCUCGAUGGGAACCUGUUCUAUGAAUUGGUCAGGCGCAUGGACAGCAUCUACGCGCAGGCUGUGCAGCAAGGAUACGACCAUCGUAUCGCAUCUGCGGCGCUUUACUUCUAUGCUGCGCGCUGCCCGACUUACGGCCGUCUUGUCCUGGCCCUGGCUCUGCAGAACGCGCUCGUCAAAGUAUAUGGGAAUAAGCGCACUUGAGUGGUCAUUGCCCAUCAUGUAAUCAAAAGGAAAGAGGCUUCACUUUAGUACGCUGUAUCGUGUUUACGAACUGUAUAAUGGUAUGUUCAGCCUAAAUAUUCGCGUGUUCUGGAG